AUGGAACUGCUAUGGGCGCGCGAUAGGUGGUCUAAUGGGCUCCCGGUUUUGCUCCGGGUUUCUACUGUCGUUCCUCCUCCUGGCGUCAUUGAUGAGGGGAUUGUUGAAUGGGACCGUUCGGUGGUGGGGCAGUUUAUUGGCGAUGCUCCUAACUUUGGUUCCAUGCAAAGAAUAUCAGAGAUCUUAUGGGGGAAAUCAUUGAAGGUUAAGCUUUACAAUGUUCCUUUAGAACUGUUUUCUAGAUUGGGUCUCAGUUAUAUUGCUAGUGCUGUGGGAAUUUCAUUGUACAUGGAUUCUGUUACUGCCUCCAAGGAAAGACUUGAAUUCGCCAAAGUUUGUGUUGAGGUGGAAGCUGGGGCAGUUAUCCCUGAGGUGAUUCAUGGUGCUCUUAGGGAUAAUUCUUUAGUGAAAGUUUGGUUCUAUGUCCCAUGGCUUCCUAAGUUUUGUGUGCAGUGUAAAACUUUUGGGCAUCUUGCUAGUAAUUGUGUUGAAGUGCAGAAACGACUCCCUAAGAGCAAGGAAGCUCAAGUUUGGAGGAAGAAAGUGAGCCUCAAUAACCAUGGUUCUUCUGAUAAGGAGGGGUUGAUUGGUUCUUCCUGCUCCAUUAUGCAGGAGACCAACCCUAGUGGAAAAGUAUUAGGGGUUACAUUUGGAACUGCUGAGGUGACUUCUGUUCAUGCUCUUCAGGAAAUUAAUGUUGGACCUUUACAAGAAGCUAAAGAAGCUGCUACUGAUCAAGUUCAAGGUUCUGGGAAAUAUAUGGAGGGUACUAAGAUUUUACCUGUUUGCCCUUCUCAAGACAUUGCUAAAGACACUCUGCAAGGAGGAUUGGUUGAUGUUCAAGUUCCUGUGUUAGGCGAUUUUGAUGCCACUGCUGGGUCUUCUAAGCAAAACAUCUCCUCGGAUCAGUUAGGGGAUGCUGGUUUGAACUUACCUAAAGGAAUUGGGGCAAAUCUUAGUUGUGGUGGUGAUUUUCCAUCUCUGCAGGAUUUUUUGAUCUCAAAGAAGAAGGCUAGGGGAAAGAAAAAAAGAUAA